CGUGGUCACCAUGCAGGACCUAUUCACUCGCGUGAUUCUGGAGCUGGACGUGGCGACCGUCGAGUCCAGACGCCGCGCGGCGUCCUUGGCGCGGCGCAGCGUCUUGAAGUCGCACGCCGCCACGGAGAUCGAGUACUCGCACCGCGACAUCAUCGCCACCGAGAACGUGGGCGGCGUGUCCCAAGUCGAAGAGUACGAGUCAUCGGUGCAGAUAGAUCAGCAUAUGAAAGGCAUGUUCGACCUGAAGGCCGGUAAGCCGACGUUCAAGCAGACGCUGGUCGCCAUGAUCGAGAAACGUCGCAACUACACCCGGCAGACGUUCGCGUUGCCCGUUCUUUGCUGGCUGCUGCCGGCCGCCCUCAUGUUCGCCGAGUGCCAGUCGGAGAAACGCCUUGGUAACCAGCUGGCGGUCAGCUUCGCCGGCGACAGACUUACGUACGACCUACCCUUACUGCAUCCGGAGUCCGACGUGUUCGUCUCGGCCGACAAGGCGUCUGAGCCUUUCAAGCAAGAAUACCACCGAUACUUGGACAGGGAGGACACAAAGGUCAAGGACGUCACCAACGUGAAUGGUCUCAUGUUGGAUUUCAAGAAGUCGCGCACCGCCUUCCGCGAGUACAUGGCCGGCGCCGAGUUCCAGGCAGGCCCUGACAAAACCACGGCGGGCAAGGCCGUUGCGUGGUACAACGGCGACUCCUACCACACACAGUCGGCAUCCCUGGCGGCCGUCAGCACCGCACUGCUCAGAAAGAUCUCGGGCGACAACGACGCCAUGAUGGUGACUGUCCUGCGGCCUCUCAGGACGGACAACGACACCAUCGCUUCACGCAGCGCGCACAACCUUCGCUACGCCGACGAGCUGUCCGCUGUGCUGUCCUCUCGCGUGCUUCGCAUGGUCCUGCUACCGGCCACAACAUCGGUGGUUGCGGCCAGCUUCGUCCUUUUCCCAAUCGAAGAUCGCGUCACCAAUUCCAAGACAAUGCAGCUCAUCUCCGGCGUGCACCCGUUCAUCUACUGGCUGGGCAAUUAUGUCUGGGACAUGGUGCUCUCUCUAGGGGCACUCCUCGUCCUUUUCUUUCCCGUGUUCUUCUGCCACUCGGAAUUCAUGAGCAUCGCGAUAAGCGUGGUAAUGGUGUUCCUCAGCUACGUGCACAGCAUACUGGCCCUCACCUACUGGUUCUCCUUCGUCACCGACUCCGUCAUCAGCGGCUUUCUGAUUGUGAACGCGAUCAAUGCCCUUUCAGGAACCGUGAGCACCAUGGGCUACCAGUUGUUGAUGAUCUCGCAAGAGCAGGGUUCCAAGAACUUGAUAUCGCUUACUCAGCCAUGGGACCCACUGCUGAUGGUCCUGUACCUACUGCCUCCAUUCUCCUACACCUGGGCAAUCACCAAGGUCACGCAGAAGGUGAGCGAGGAUCGCUACUGCCAGGGCACGACGCAGAUGGUGUACGAUGUCUGCGCCUACCUGCACAACAGCCCCGACGAAGGCGCCGUGCUUCUGACGAACCUGCGCUACUGCUGCGCUUCCUUCUACGCCAGCAACGGAAGGACCGUCAGCCACCUCAGCCCGUUUGCAUUUCACAGGGACGCCGUCCUGGUCGAGCUCCUCGUCAUGCUCGUGGAAGGCUUUGUGCUGCUGAUAUUGCUUGGCUUGUUCGAACACGGCAUGCUGCGGUGGCCGUGGUUCCGAUCGGGUGCCCAAACGCCGGCAGCACCGGCUCAGGGUUUGCGCGAGGGAGUGGCCGAAGAGAGGAAGGCCGUAGAAAAGAUAGUCGCCGGUAAUGACUUCACGAAACCGAGGCUCCUUAUACUCGACAUUCGCCAGCACACCGGGACCCGGCAGGUACUGCAAGGGUUGACGUUCCACGUGGAUCCUGGCGAGACGUUCGUUGUGCUCGGCCUGCGCGGUUGCGGCAAGACUACGCUCCUGGACAUCCUGUCCGGUGUGCUGCCGCCCACAUCGGGCACCGCGCUGAUUGGUCACACGAUGCUCAGCAACACGUCCGCGUGGCAGCAGCGCAUCGGCGUCUGCCCGUACUACGACGGAGUGCUCGGUCGGCUGACGGUGCGCCAGACGCUGACGCUGUACACCCGCGUGCGAGGCAUGACGGGCGACGCCAUCGACAAGAUGCUCGAGCACAUGAUCUUGCUGCUCAACCUUAGUGCCGUUGCCGACAAUACCGUGGACUCGACAAGCGCAGUGACUCGUCGGAAGCUUGCCGUGGCCAUAGCCAUCGUCGGCCUUCCUCCAGUCGUGCUCAUGAACGACCCAGCCACGGGACUAGACGCAAUGUCCAAGCGAAAGAUCUACCGCGCCAUCCAGAUGUUGAAGCAGCUGGUCAAGUCGGCGAUCAUGAUCGUGACGCAGAGUGUGUCGGACUGCGUGGUCAUCUCGGACCGCAUGGCUAUCAUGCUGAACGGCCAGUUCCAGUGCUUAGGCAGCAUCAGUGAUCUCCGGAAGCGGUACUGCAAAGGGUCUAUGAUCCUCGUCAAGCUGAAGCCAUCGGUGUUCCAGAAUGCCGCUAUCAUUAGCACUAUACACACACAGGUGCAGGCAGCGUUUCCUGGUUCUGUGUAUACGGGCCUUCUAUCAAUGGCGCUGGAAUAUUCCACCACGUUGAAGGUGCCAUGGAGCACCGCCGUGGUAACUGCUUACAACCUCAAGCAGCAACUAAGCGAGAACGCGCUCGACGUCAUCUUGAGUGACGUCUCGAUGGAGCACGUACUGCUCAAGAUGGCCAAGUACGAGGACGUCAAACCGGUGGCCGUCGCCGUCGCAUGAGGAGCAGCAAUAAAGCGCACGCGCGUC